AACACAACAUUUUUUUUCUCUAUGACUAUCUAAGCUACCCGUGCGAACAUAAAAAUUGGAUAAAACUUUUAUAUUGUCAUGUCAAGAAUCAAUCUUAAGAAUCAAUCUUAAGACUUUGGACAUAACAUUAUAUUUUUCUAGGACUUUUUAAGAACAUUAGGUAUGUAACACACCGGUCAACAAAAGACAGCUACCCAAACACACCAUUCAUAAACUGAGUUGACUUCCAGUCUCAAAUUCAUCCGCACCCUAAUUCCUAACCAGUGUACGGAGUAGAGCGAGAGGAAAAGCUAAACUGACCAAAACAAGAUGUGGGGCGAUCUUCUUCUCCAGGCUGCUCUCAUCUUCAUCUCCAUCUUCGCCUAUCUUCUUAUGCACAAUAUCCCUCAGAAGCUCUUCUCUGAGCUCCGAAUUCGAAGCAGAUCGCGCACAAUCCAGGCCAGGCGCCACUUCGUCUUGGGCGCGCAGCGUCUGGAUCGGGCCAGGUCCGCCAAGGAACUGUCGCCGGCGAUGAGGAUUUCGCUGGCCAAAUCGGCCGAGGAAGAGGCCGACAAGGCCAUCGGACUCGACACCAAGGACGCCGCGCUCCACCUGCUCAAGGCGAUGGCUCUCGAGAUCCAGGGCUUCAGGACCUCGGCUCUGGAUUCGAUGGACGCGGCGCUGUCGCCGAUGGCGGCGAGAUCUCUCAGCGUCACGGAGAGGGCGGAGGCGCUGCACAAGCGGGCGGCGCUGAGGAUCGCGGCGAAUCGGGACGGAGAAGUGGACUCGUCGGCGGUUGCGGACCUGGAGGAGUCGGUGCGGUUGAAGGGGGAUGACGUGAAGGCGAUUUGUCUGUUAGGAGAGUGCUACGAGAAGAAAGGGCUGAAAGAGGAGGCCAGAAAGACAUACGAAGACGCCCUGAAAAUCAAGCCCGACUAUUCCGCUGCCGAAAAUGCCCUUUCCCGUUUGGCUUCUUAAAGCUCCUCCCUCCGAUCAUUCCCAGCCAGCCCGGCGAUGACCAUUAGCAUUUCUUCUCCCAUUUUCAGGUGAGAAAUUUCACCGGCGCGGAUGAAAUCCAAAUUUCCGGUAUCACAGCUCUUUGUAACAAUAAUAAUGCUUCUUCUUCUACAUGUAUACGUGAGAAUUUCAUCUGAAACUUUCAGUUGAUUAAUAUUCCUAUUAUACGGAGGAACAUUUCGAUCUAAUACUGCUAGACUCUCCUCUCUCAGAGCAUAAAAUGGAUGCCGGCGGUCUAAUUCUGGGCCACUUUCGAUGUUACCUUCAUCCACCAUACCAUAUUUGUUGAAUUAUUCUGAGGUCGAUUGAUUAUAUAUGGCCAUAUGGGUUAUUAACUCCGUACAAAAGUAAUGCUAUUCCGUAUUUCAUAAUAAUGAGGCAAAUAUGAAUGCACAGAAUCUUUUAUCAUUGGCAUGCUAUUGCAACUUGGAUAAAGCUACUUGAACCCU